UCCCCUCAGAAGGCAGGGAGCAGACCUAAAAAGGGGCUCCCACAGAUCGACCACCUUUAAAGACACCACCCCCAGCCUUGCCUCUAUAUCCGUGCCUCAGGCUGCCCUCUCCUAGCAAGGACCAACAGGCCUUCGGACUCAGGAAACUGGUGGGGAGGAGGAGUGGGCAGAGUUGGGUUCCAUCAUCGUGUCGGGGGGAUGCGUUGUAACUAUGUCCCAAAUGCCCCCAGCAACGGCUGGGCACGCCUCUGUCCUGUGAGAAUCACUUACAAAUCUGGUGUUGGUCAGAGAGACUAGCCUGACUUCAGCCCGUCCCUUACUGCGGCAGGAAAGUUGCAGAGAAAGUUCCUGAAGUAGAAGCAGCUGAGGAAUUCAUGCUGUUGCUAGAGAGGUGGUGCAAGAUGCCUUUAAAAAAAAAAUGAAUCAAGACCCUGCGGUCUGCGAGAAGACACUGCCUAAAGGACCCCCCCGUCCAGUCCCAGUGAGAUGGAGGUCAGCCACUCCAUCAAGGAGCGCACCAUCGCCGAGAACAGCCUUGUCAUCCUGCUGCAGGGCUUGGUUGGCCAGGUGACCACGGUGGACAUGCGGGACGAGAGCCUGGCCCGGGGCCGCGUGGCCAACGUGGACGCCUUCAUGAACAUCCGCCUGGACCAGGUGACCUAUACGGACCGGUGGGGGCGAGAGGCGCAGCUGGACGACCUGUUCGUGGCGGGCCGCAGCGUGCGUUACGUCCACAUCCCGGACGGGGUGGACAUCGCCGCCACCAUCGAGCGGCAGCUGCAGGCUAUCCGCCGGGUGCGCAACUUCGGCAGUGAGGGCAAGGGCAGGCGGGAGUUUGCCACCAAGAAGGGCAAGUGAACUCCCCUCCAGGCCCCCAGAGUCCUUGCCAGCCGCCAUGACCUCUUCCCACCCCCUCCCCAGGACUCCCUCCUAGCCCCAGCUGACCGAGCUGCCUCCUCUGGCACAGGAGGCCAAUGUGAAUGACCUAAAAGCUACCAGCCAGCCACAUCUCCCUUUCUCGAGCCCCAGACCUGACCUUUGAACCCAAAAAUCUGUCCGCGGGUCAGAGUCUGGAAGUCUCCUUAGGUUAGGUCCCUGGAAGUCCAGAUUUUUCCACCGAUCAAACCCCUGUGUGAGAAUCCUGAAGCUCCCCAAAUCUUCUCUUCGGUUUUGAAGUUCAUCCUCACCAAGGCCCCAGUUUCGUGGCACCGUUGAUACUCCCAGCCGAUCCGUGUGUCCUCUCGGCGUCUUCUUGGGAAGCCGAACCCUUCGGCCCCUGGCGAUUUCUUCAACUCCGGAGUUUCGGUUCCUCCAUCCCGACAGACCGUAGGAUUGGUCGGGGCAGAUCUGCUGUUCUCGGGUGAUUAACUGAGGUGGCUACCGGUGUAUUUCCUCUGCUUCUCCCUCCCCUCUUUGGGAGCCAACCCAGAAACCACAUGGACAGUGAUGAGGUGAAAUACAGGGGUGGGUGGAUUGUCUGUGCCCUCUGAUGUGCCCGUGGAGAAGAAAGCAGCUCACCCGGGGUCAGCUCAUUAGAUCUGUGGCCCAAACGCAGCUGGGGCACUGCUGAGAGGGGAAAUGGGCCUGAUAGAGAGGAAAGCUGGACCCAGCUGCAACAAACAAAAGCUGCUGAGCUGGGCUGCCUUAGAAGCGUGUGCCGGGGCGGGGAGGGUGCGGUGUCACUCUGCCCCUACAUCCACCCCAGCCGAGAGAGGAAGAAGCCACAGCUGGAGAGCAGGCGGGCCCGGUUGGGGCCGGACUACACAGACCCCUGAAACAACCACUUGGUCGCCAUUUCCACAGCUGGCUGGGAGAGGGGCCGGGAGGAAACGGAUGCUCCAGGAUCAAAGCACCAACAGGAAACUACUCCAAAGCAGAGAGAGGGUGCGUUAUUUUUGCUCACUGUUUUGGGGCAGCCCUCUGGAGAGCUUGAUCCUUGGCACAGGAAGGACCCAGCCCCCUGCCCUGACCGGAGCAGGAGCCUAGAAUUAAAAGGGGUCAUCUGUUCCAGCACCCUGCCCCUGAGUGGGAAAUGCCCAGCUCCAUGGGAUAAAGUGACUCCUCUCCCUGGAAAGCGGCCCUUUCCUGUUGUCCAGUGGCUCUCCACCCCACCCCGACCGCCUGCUUAAUCACAAUUCUGGUCUCUGCGGCAGGUGGAAAUUGUCCGGGAGGGUGAGUCAAGGUGACAAGCUGAAACGAAGAAGUUGCCUGGCCGUAGUCCGUACCACCACCCCCCAUAAGCAUACACGCACAUAGAGGCAGGCCUCAGGGCUUACAAACAGAAAAUGGCGGGAGAAGAGGAGGCCAGGGCUGAAGGCAUUCUGGGGACAUAGAGGCUGGAGGUUUGGACUUCUGGACCGUUCGGAUUUUCCCCGGGCUUCCGAGGGUUGGCUUGGUCCCUCCUCUUUAUGUCCCCGUCUGUGAUGGGGUGAUUAAGUCACCUGGGCUUGGGCAAGGGAGUGGCCGAAAUCAGUGGUCUGGGAGGUGGGAGAAUCAACUGACUUUUUGUAUACUUCCCUCCCGAAAUUAACCCUAUUCAUGGAAAAAACCCAGUUGGGGCUCUGAAUUAAUGCCGAGAAAAUAUUGAAAAGCCAAAGGAAAUGACAUAAAGCCAUUAAUGGGUUCCCAAGAGUCAAAAAGGACCAAAAUAAUGUGAAUAUAUUUGUGGGUUUUUUUCAAAAUAGUCAACAUUGAUUUAUUAGAAAUGUUGACAUACAAAUAAUAAAAAAAUGAUU